CAAACAUGAUGUCUAUGACUAUGGAUUGCUUAAUAUGUCACGUCAUACUUAUUGUGACUUUGACUAAAUCAUGCAUUGGUAGCAGCUCCAACAUAGAUUCGGAUUACUAUUAUGGUAACAUGGUGGUUCGAGCAGGACGAGUUGUUAAAGAAUGCGAAAACCGCAACAAACAGUACUGUCUUUUAAAAUGUGGAAAUCUUGGUUACGAAUGUAUCAACAACAAAUGCGUUUGUGUCAAGGCGUAUAGAAGUUCUACGUCCAGUCUUGAGAUGCACGUCUCUAAAAAGAAGUCACUUGAAAAAUACAAAUCAGCUAACAUAUACGAAUGGCCAACAGAAUCUUUCGAGCAACCAAUAUUACGUCAUCAUAUCGCGCAUUUUUGCCCAGACCUAGAAAUAGCGCGACAGUGUAUCAGAAAAUGUAUGGCUUUGGGCAAACCUGCGUUUUGUGGCAAGGAUCACGUCUGCUACUGCUCCCACAAACAAAAGUACCCAGGUAAUAACCUAAUUAAUGCUACCGAUGUAUACACGCAAUUUAAAGAUAUGUAUAUAAAGUACUUCGGUCCUGGAAUAUUCCAAGCAAAACCAACUACACAAAAACCGAAAAAGAAAGAUGAAGAUAAGAAAAAGAAAGAAACUGAUGCGAAGGAGAAAGAGGAUGGCAAAGAGGAUGAGGGAGGUGAAGACGGGGAAAAAUCAAAGGAGGACGAAAGUAAAGAGAAAGAAGGGGAAACUGGAGAUGAUGGAGGUGACGAAAGCGGUACCAAAGACAGUAAAGAAAGUAAGGAAGUUGAAGAAACUACAGACAAAGAUGAUAAAGGGGAUGCCGCAGAUGGUGCUGAGACCACCACAGUAGGUGCAGAAGGUGAAGGAGAACGGAGAAGGAUAGCAAUUCUUGAAUAUUAAUUCACAUACUAAAAUUGUUUUGUUUAUUACAAUUUAUUCUUUUAAACACGUUAAUUAAUGUUAUUGUGUGAUUUUUCUGUAAAUAACACGAAACCGGUUUGUGAGACUUAAUUUGUG